ACUGCAGUUAGUUCAGUAUCCGACGUUGUCUCCUCACUGCUAUCGGUAACGUCAACUAGCCUAGUACUACCUCCUGGAAUUACCAAUCCUCCGUUGCCAGUCACUACUCUGGUACCUACUGGAACUGAAGUUCAGUCAAGCGCGUCGGAUCUCCCCAUAGCCAUCGCAGAAAUUUUUCCCAUUCUUCAGAAUUGGAUAGAGGAUCCUGCUGCUCAUGUUAUUAGUGUGACAGACGAGCUGAACGUUAUCCUACCCGCAGCGGUUGGCUUCUUGGCCAAACUACCAAAGCCAACAGACGGAGUCGAGCUGUGUGUUUCUGGGAAACGCCGAAGAAGCGAACAAGGAUCGUGACAUGCCCAAUAUACUCGGCGAGCGCGAUUUGCUUGGUGGCUUGUUCAAGACAGCAUUCUCGCUCGUGAACUGUGUCAUCAACACGACCAACAAGGUGAAAGAUGCAGUUGUCGGCGGAACGACUGCUGCAGUAAAUACUAUCAAGGGCCUGCAAGACGACCUCAAGCCAUUGCUCGAUGCUCUCAACGACGUCGUGCCGAAUGAAAAUUCCGAUCCCUCUGACUCGGCAUCAGAGACAGAAGAACCUACGCAGACUUCCUCCUCUACCUGUACCCUAACGACAGUUAGCAACUGCGACAUCACAUGUACAGCGACUGCAACUACAACUAUAGAAGGGCCAAACAGGCGGGCGCAAGGCCACGUUUGUACCACAGUCUGCGGGGUGCUUGUCACGAAAUGCGAUGUUACUGGUGUCACUUCUUCAUCCACAGUGACGACUACAACAACAGCUAGUCGACAGGUAUGCGCCCGCGAUUGCGACAACUGUAAUGGUAAUGUACGAAGAUUGGCGACUAAUGCACCUGAUACGACCGAAUUACCCAUAGCUUUUGAGAACACUGCCCUUUUCUCAACUUCGAUGAUCGUUGCAUCGUAUUUCAGUAAGCCACAAUCGAUUACACGUGAGCUCGCACCCGUGGAGACAAGUCAGUCUACCAGCCACAUAUCGAAGCGAACUCUUUCAAGCCCUCCCCAAGGGGGUGACGAAGGUGCUGUUGGGACUUGGCUUGUCGUCCAGAUCGCCACAAGUCCUAAAGGCUCUCUUCCACUCGGAGUCGGAACGACUGGCUUAACGUUCCCAUUGGGCAGUACAGCGGACGAUUGGCACCUGGUAAACUUAUAUGGUUGCACAUCCGUUGUGGUCAUCUCACGCAAACGGAUGUAUCUUACCCACAUCUGGGAAAUACCUUCCAUGAAAUACCCACAGAAUUUUCAAGGUGAUGUCUUGAACGUUCUACGAGAUGGAAGUCCAGAGUUCCCCGAAGGUCUCACAACAUUCACUGGACCCGGCGGUGACUUUGAAAACAUCCAAGCGAACAAAGUACGUGCGUUCAUCAUCACGCCGUAUCGGGAUCAUGCCUUAAAUCCGGCCAGAGACGAUGUUCAAUUUCCAUCCGAAGUCACUAAGAUCAAAGAUUUGUUGACCAGCAUUCUUGGGCGAAGUGACACACUUACCAUUCCCUACUUUCCGGCUGGGAGAGAUGACGAUAAUAGAACCCCCAAAGGCAAAAUUUACAUUCAGUAUGACCCAGCGGCAGCAGCUCUCGUAUCAGCAGAAGGCGACUGCAAUCAGCAGCAAGCUGCGGCGAUAGAGCUUUGGUUUGAGGAUGCUCUUACCUACCGUUACAGAGACACAUGGCAGCCAUUCCAGCAUCAGGUCGUGCAGGCAAAGAAACGGUCCGUCGCAUCCAGUGGUAAAGACACGCGCUUGCUCAGAGGGAGGGAGGUGACGGAUGGGGACGAAGUAGAGUGGAAAGAGUACGAGUCUUUGAUGGGACGUCAAGAUGACGACACUUGUGCUCGACCCAGUAACAGCUUGUCGGUAUCACCGGUACCAUCCAUCCCAUCACCAGCUUCGACUGUGCCUACUCCGUCCACCCUCCAGACAACAGUCAAGCCAUCAAUGAUCAGCUUCAUUGGUGGAAGCUCAAGCCUACCGCCGUCGUCGAUAGUCACAUCAUCACCAUCUUCAAAGUCUUCUAUAAAGUCGGAGACUCCGUCUCUUACGUGGGCACCAGCCCAGCCUAGCACGACGAAAUCAUCUUCAGCAGCGCUCGAGCCACCCUCUACAUCGCAACCUCCGCCGCCACCUCAACCCAAGCCUGCGACUAAAGCUUUAUCGGUGAUAUUCCGGAACACGAAGGGUCGUGGCGAAGACUACAACAACUGGACAUUCUUCGAAACCAAGCCCAACACUCAGGCUGACGGCUGCAGUGUACCCAUCCUCAACGAUGUCUCGCGACAAUGGUCAGAGCCAUCUCACCUGUCAGACCCGCCGUGGCCGUAUGGCACCUUCACCAUGCCACUAUUUGGAGAAGAGGACUGCGAAUACCUGAGCGAUGGGACUAAUCAGGGUGUGCUUUACUGUCCUAGUAUGGGUGAAGGGAAGAAUGUGGGAUGUGAAGAGGCUGAAGAGAAGAAGGAUCCUGGUGAUAUCACGGAUUGUCAUUAUCCGGGUCUUGAGAGGAAGGUUCAUCGUGUUGUUUACUGUGAGUGGUAGGGUAGUCCCAUCCUAAGAGUGUUCGAGUAUAUCUUGCACAUGCCGGCGACCGUCGUCUCAUUAUUGAUCUCCGGUCAUUGUGUGAUCCUUUCUCUUAGAGCAACUUUGUUCAUAGAAACGUAUGUAUUGCAGACAUCGUAAGUGGCUCGCUGUUCGCUCCGCGUCAUCGCAGUACUAGUGCACGCUUAUCACAGCAUGGCAUCGCACGCCCCAUGGAUAGUCUACGCCUGCGGUAGACUUAAUUCAGUGAGCUCGAAGACGGAGAGUUUGCUAUGAUAUUCC